GUGUCCCGCGGGGCCGUGGCGCCGUUCGCAGCCCCGGCGGCCGGCCGGGACGUGUCCGCACGUAGCGCGCCUGCGCCGCGGCGGAGCCGAGCGGGGCGUGGCGUGCAGCGGCCGGGGAGCACGUGAAGAGCGCAACGUCAUCAUAAACACUCGUCGGCAACAUGGCGGCGCCUCCGAGCGGCAAGAUUGUAUAUGAACAAGAAGGAGUUUUCAUUCAUUCAUCCUGCGGCAAAAAUGAUGACCAGGACAGCUUAAUAUCAGGAGUACUACGUGUCAUAGAAAAGGAGAAUGAAGUAAUAGUAGACUGGAGACCGCUGGAUGAUACUUUGGAUACUUCUAAUAUCCUUUGUGCUGGAAAGGAUUCCAGUUCUGUUGUGGAGUGGACUCAAACUCCUAAAGAAAAAUGUUCCCGGGGAGCAGACCGUCCAAGUAGUUACGAAGCAGAAUGGGACAUGGUCACCACAGUCUCUUUUAAAAAGAAGCCUCAUUCAAAUGGAGAUGCUACAACUCAUGCAAAUGGAGAAAGCAAGUGGUCGUUCCUGUUCAGUUUGACAGAUCUGAAAUCAAUCAAACAAAACAAAGAAGGCAUGGGAUGGUCUUAUGUGGUGUUCUGUCUGAAGGAUGAUGUGAAGCUUCCAGCUCUUCACUUUCAUCAUGGAGAUAGCAAACUAUUGAUAAAAUGCCUUGAAAAGCAUGUUGUGCUGAAUGAAUCUCCACAGGAUAAACGGGUUCUUCUUGUGAAUUCUCAGAACAAGUCUCUGUCCCAGUCUUUUGAAAAUCUUUUUGAUGAACCAUCAUAUGGCUUAUUACAAAAAUUGAAGAAAGAUCCCUACACAGUAACAAUGGGAAGAUUUUCCAAAGUCACAAACUAUAUUUUUGACAGUUUCCGUUUAAGUGACCCUUCAAGUCAAAGGCGACCACCAUCGGAAAUGGCAGACUUUCUCAAUGAUGCUAUUCCAGGGCUGAAGAUAAAUCAACAGGAAGAACCAGGCUUUGAAGUCAUUACACGAAUUGAUCUAGGAAAACAGCCUGAAGUUAGUAGAAGAGAGCCUGUGUCAGCUGAAGAAUGGGCUAAGAAUAUGGAUUCUGAAGGAAGAAUUUUAGAUGUCGACUACAUAAAGCAAUUGAUAUUCAAAGGGGGUCUCUGCCAUACUUUAAGAAAAGAGGCAUGGAAGUUUCUUUUGGGGUAUUUUCCUUGGAAUAGCACUAAAGAAGAGAGAGCAAAUCUGCAGAAAAGGAAAACGGACGAAUAUUUCAGGAUGAAACUGCAGUGGAAGUCUGUCAGUGAGGAACAGGAAAAACGAAAUUCAAGAUUAAGAGAUUACCGGAGUCUCAUAGAAAAGGACGUAAACAGGACAGAUAGAACAAAUAAAUUCUACGAAGGCGAAGAUAAUCCAGGAUUGAUUUUACUUCAUGAUAUUUUGAUGACCUAUUGCAUGUAUGACUUUGACUUAGGUUAUGUCCAGGGGAUGAGUGAUUUGCUUUCACCUCUCUUGUACGUUAUGGAGAAUGAAGUAGAUGCCUUUUGGUGCUUUGUAUCAUACAUGGAUCAAAUGCAUCAGAAUUUUGAAGAACAGAUGCAGGGUAUGAAGACACAACUCAUUCAACUGAGUACUUUGCUUCGUUUGCUAGACAGUGGAUUUUGCAGUUAUUUAGAAUCUCAAGACUCAGGCUACCUUUAUUUUUGCUUCCGAUGGCUUCUUAUCAGAUUUAAAAGGGAAUUUAGCUUUCAAGAUAUUCUUCGACUCUGGGAGGUCAUGUGGACAGAAUUGCCUUGUCAGAACUUUCAUCUUCUCCUUUGCUGUGCUAUCUUAGAAUCUGAAAAACAGCAAAUAAUGGACAAGCACUAUGGCUUUAAUGAAAUAUUAAAGCAUAUCAAUGAACUGUCUAUGAAAAUUGAUGUGGAAUAUAUACUUUGCAAAGCAGAAGCAAUUUCUAUGCAGAUGAUGAAUUGCAAGGAAUUGCCUCAAGCAGUUAGUGAGAUCCUGGGGAUAGAAAGCAGUUCUGUAACACCAGAUUCAGAUACUGGAGAGGAUGAAAGUGGAGCUGUGUUGACUUGCCCUACGUCAUUAUACCAGAGUAUCUCAACACCUGUAAUUGCUGCCAAUGGAACAAGAGACAGCACUCAACAGAUGUCUGAAACACAGAGCUUGGCACCUGCGUAAUUUCAGUUGGUUAAAUUGAAGAAAGACUUUUACUGAGCACGUUUUUUUCAAGCACUUGAGAGAUGGAUAUUUAAAUUUGGUGUUGAUUAAGCUUUAAGGUUGGAAAGAAAAUCUGUACUGUAAUGCUCUUGCAUUAAAGCUUUACAACAUGACUCAACUUAACUAUUUUUGUAGUUUCUUCUACCAAAAUAGCCUUUUGUUUUCAAUAACAUUCCUUAAUAUUUUUGUAGCCAAGUGCAUUUUCUUUUUGCUGGUGAACUGGAAAUGGAUGGUGAUUAAGAAUGAAUUUGAAAAUUAUGCAUUUGCUGAGCUUUCACAUGUAUUGGUCUAAAACAGUGUGAGCUCUUUGAUAUGAGCAGAUUCACAGUAGGCCAGCUGAAGCUGCUGUAUAAAAUUUUCAAGCUGAAGAGAAGCUGAUGUGUUAAAGAAGGAUUGUUUUGUACAUGAAUGGGUUUCCCGAUCUCAAAUGUUUACAAAAAUACUUCUAAGUAUUUGUUGCUGGUUGAAUGUAGAUUUGAGAUGGACAUUUAUACUUACACAGUUUAAUGUCCAAAUAUUGAAUUUUGUGUAACUGGGAGUGGAUGAACAGUAUAUUUUUACAUUAACAUAUCUUCACUUUAUAUAUGCAUAUAUAUAUUUACACACAUACACACACUAUAUACACAAAUGUUUGUGAAUACUAAAAAGGAUAGUCAUAUUUUCAAUAUCUGAAUAAACUUGACUGUUUAUUCAUAUGAAUCAGUUUGACCAAAUUAAUGCACAGCUCCAACUUGAGCUCUUUUUCAGAACUUUUCUAACUGAAGGUAACUUUCAUGUGAAUACAUUCAGUCCUACACUUGAGGUAAUUUUGCAAUUGAUUUCUUGCAAAUUUUACUAAUGUUUAUCUUUGCUAAUAUAUUAACAGAUCAAUUAACUACUUUCACUGUUUUUAUGCCAAGAUUAUUUGGAGAACUAGUAAGCAGGUUAUUAAAAAAACCCAAACAAACAAACAAACAAGCCACAAACCAUAAUAGUAAUCACAACUAACAUUAAUGCAUUUUUUGUAUACGCAAAAGGCAAUGUGAGUUUAUUCCAUGCCAUGCUGAUGUCCUUUGACGUUAUGUGAAAUUUAACAUAACUGAUUCAGUGUAUUCAUUAUUUGGUAACUAUUGUACAUAUAUAAAAUAAAAAUCAAAGCUGA